UGUUGUCUGAGGUUCCCUCUCUGGCUUGGUGCUUCUUAACCUUGUUGUUGAUGUUGAUAAAAGUAUCAGCUGGGCACAUAUUAUAAUGGAAAACAGCGCGAAAAAGCCCCUGAAUUGGGAAACGAGGGAGCAGCUGAAAGAGAGAUUGGCCCUGCUGAAGAAAGAGUAUGCAAAGACGGUGUAUAAAUUACAGCGUGCACAGAAAGCUGAGAGGAUACAGAAGCAUGUUAAAAAAACAAUUGCACAUCAGAAUCGGCUGCAGGAAGAGCAAAGCACAACCCAGCUGACAGUGGAAAAUGAGUAUUCCCCUAUUUUGGGGACAUAUCGGUCCGACUCUUCGCUUAAGAAAGGUCAAGUCCCAGCAGAAGAACAUAAGGAAAAGAAUUCUACCAUAACCUUCAGUGUUGUGUCAGAAAUCAUUGAAUGUUCAAAUGAGUCUUUAAUGAGCAUGUACAAAAGUGUUGACUCUUCAGCUCAACCCUGCUCUCCGUCAGUUGAAGAAAUGAACCCCAUCACAAAGAUAGAAGGUGAAUUUCAAAGUCGUGUGAAACUAAGAAAAAAGAGGUCAUGCGAAGUACUGAAAAGAGCGUUUGAAGUAACCAGUGAGUCAGAUGAACCUUUGACUGCCAAUGGAGAGCCUUGUAUUAAAAAAAUGGAAACACUAGAUCCACCCAUUAAUAACAGAGAUAUCAAUGUCUUCCAGACUCUUGAUAGAUGUGUUAAAGAGAACACAAGGCUUAAAGCACUCCCUCAAACUGAAGACAACUCAGCAUUGUUAAAGAAUGGAACACAGGAAGUAGAAGAUCAUUGUGUGAUAAUGCCCAAGGGCAGAAUAGCAAGUGACUCUAAUUCUUACGGUCAUGAGGACAAAUCUACAGGAGGGGCUAUGUGCAGUAAUGAAGCUUUCCCUUCAACAGAGCUGACUGAAGAUGCUCAACUGCAGGAAGCAAAGCCAAAUUGCUCUAAGAACCUUAGUGAAACUUCCGAAUCCAACCUUAAGGAUAAGACAGUUGCAGUAGAACCAGGUGAGCUGCAAGCAGGUACCACUGUGCGUGGAUCUCUAGGAGGCAGCCCACUGAAGUCUUGUACACUUGUUGAAGGACUUAUCUUUCCUGUCGAGUACUAUGUUCGGACAACUCGUCGCAUGACCAGCUGUCAGCGACAGGUGGAUCUGGACGCAGUGAUUCAUAGCCAUUUGGGGAAGUCCAGAAAUGGUGGGAAAGGAAGACCCAGGAAGUUAACACAUGACCAAAGCAGUCCCGUAGAAGGCACCCCCAAGGGUGAAGCAGAGAUCUGUGAAACCUUGUUACUUUUUAAUAGUCAGGAGGGUGAUGGCAGAGGGUCCAAUUCAACUUCCUUGCAGCCUGACCUGCAAGACUCGUGUAAUGUCAGUGGUGAUUCCCAGAGCACAAAAUCAAACCGAAGGAAAGGGAGAAAAAGAGGCAGAGGAGAAUGUACAAAAUUCCAGCUCACUGAUAUUCAUCAGAAGUCUGUGGAGAGGAAUUCAAAUGACCGCACAGUUCCCAGUGAUGUUCAGAUUUCUUUAUCUUCUGAUGUUCAGGGUGAGAAUGAGGGCAAGAAGAAUGAACUUAAUGCUUGCCAGACAAUGCCUGACUCUAACAAACUCUAUGGAAAUACUGUAACUAAUACAAAUAGUCAUAAUUUUUCAGGGACUUAUAACUUUAACAUAAAGAAUUCCAGCUUAUCGCAAGACAAAGCUAAGCAACUAGUGGAACCACAGCAGAAGUCCAACAAAAUUCAGACCAAUGAUUUCAAAGAAGACUUGAACGAUCAGUUGAUAGUACAAGGUGCAGUGAAUGUGCUUGAGCCAUCGAGUACAAACAGUGAUAUCGACAGUCAGGAAAUGAUUCCAGAAACUCAGCAGGAUUCUUCUGUUGACACCUCAUUGAAGAAGAAUUUAAAUGGUACAAGGCAGUCGUUUCCAUUAGGGAUUGAUUUGAAGAGAGGGAAGGCAGAGUCGCCAGUCUCUCAGCCCAAGAGGAGAGUGAAGCUCUCAAGAGGUAACAGCUAUCAUAGAACACGUGGAAGCUCCAGGAAGGUCACUGAGAGAUUCGAAGACAGGACACUAGUGUGUUCAGAACCAUUACUCAGUGUUAAAAAACCUAUUGUCAAAAGAUUGUUUCACAGCCAGGAAGUCCAGGAUUUUGACCUUCCAGAGGAGGAGUAUGGUCAACUUAAAGAGAAGCUAAGAGCAGAAGCAUUAAAGAAAUUGUGCAUUCCUUCCCAACAUGAUGGAGUUGGCUGUAAUUUGAAAACUCUGGUGGAAAAGGAUGUUUGGGACACAACACACUGCAAAAAUGCAUGUGUAUUAGAGCCUACAGAAAACUUUGAGGAAUCCCACCCACAAAAGUCUUCAUGCUGCAAGGAACUUCCCAGGACUCCAGAAAAGCCAGGGGAAGACAUCAACUCUUGUGUUCAGCAAAUUCCAAAAACUGCAUCUGGCCAUAAACUGUCUUCCAGCAUUCUGCUUUCUACUCCAUCCUGUACUCCACAGGCAAUGAAUGACCAUCAGCACAACCAAUCUGCCUGUAGCCCUGCUUUCCCUUCACUUGGCUUCACUCCUGCCUCUGGUUCUACAGGGUGUUCUCCAGUAUUUUCCCAAAGCAGUUAUGGAAAUCAGAAUUCGCCUCAAACUGGGACAUUGCUGCACCUACUAGAAGAUGUGGGGAAUUGUGGACAGAGGUCCCAGACAGCUGCUGGAAAAGCAUCACAACCAGAUUUAACUCCGCCCACUCCAAUAAUAAAAGAAGGCAGUCUGUGUGUUUUCUCUGGAAGGGAACCUUUAAACAGUCAGGAUGAGGAGGAUCUCAACUACAAAUGUGAGACGAUGUUCAGCCAGCAAGAGAUGCCAAAUGAUGAUUGUGCUGAGGAAUUUUCAGAAGUGGACACUGUAAUUGUAGAGAAAGAUGAUAUCUUGACUCCAGCUCUUGCCACCAUGAAAUUAGAGCAAAAACUGGAAAAGCAGAUGUUACAAUUAAUCUCCAAGAUACAGAAUCCAUCCACAUCCUGCAUUAUUGACUUGUGCACCGUAUUUUGGAUAGUGAAAGAGACCAGAACUUUGUGUAUUGCCUGUGCCUGUGAAACAGCGGUGUUCCUGUGGGCCCCACAGCAGCUCAACCAGUGGACUAACAUCUGUACUUGGGCCUUUGAUAAGGUUCCCAUAAUUGAACUCAUCCCCAUUCCAGAUGCUGUAAACGUUCUGUGUGUGGCCUUUGGAAGCCUGGAGAUAAGGGAAGUAAAGGUAUUAAGCUCUACAGAGAGAGGCUGCUUGGAACACACUCUGCUACAAGCAGGAGAUAUAAAUGCAGUGUUGGGGCUGGCUGGAAGGAGGUUGGUCUGCUCUUAUGGCACACUGCAGAGUCAGAGCAUAGAAUUGAACACCCUCUCCAAAGAAGGAAGGAGUGAGCAAUCUAUGCAACUCGUCCCACCCAAUGAGAUGGUUCUGGCUUUCAGCGAAGUUGAAGGGCAAGUGGAAGCUUUGAUUGGAUCAACUAUAAUGAGCAACAUCGUCAUUUGGAACCUGAAGACUGGACACCUGCUCAAGAAGAUCCAUUUAAGUGAAAGCUACCCUGGCACUGUCUGCCAGAAGGCCUAUUCCCAGUCUGGAAUAUUAUUCAUUCUCCUCAGUCAUCGAUACAUUGGCACCUGCGAAGGAUUGGUUGGAGGACAGAUCUGUGUUUUGAGAAUGGUUGGUGUUAAUCCUAUGAAUGGGAAAAAUAGACCAAUCAUGUCAUAUACAGUCCCUGUGGAAUGCAGUGGGAGGUACAUUGAUGGAGGUGUGAAGGGCCAGUCCAUUGCAGCAAUUGUAACUCCUGGAACCCUGGUACUUUGGGACGUACUGUCUGGCCAUAUCUCAACCAUGCUACAACCUGACACCAGUGGGGACUGGUCACUAUUUUACUGGGCAGAGGAGGACUUGUGUCUCCUGGCCAGAAAGAACGAUAGCACUGUGUAUAUAUACAAAUACUUAGGAAUCAGAACAGAAUGAAUAUAUUGCUGUCUCAAGAUUAUACAGGAUAAACUGGGUCAUCGGUUGUUUAUUUGAAACCUGUUUACUUCCUUUUUGGCUGAAAAGUACCAAGGCCCUGAAGGAUAAAAAGACUUCGACAUGAACAAAACGACUUCUGGGUUUUGUGCAGAAUGCAAUGUUUUUCCACAAUGUUUGGAUUGAUUUGCUGAGCUCUGUACAUGCCUUUUUGCUGCAGAGGUGUGCUGUAAGUUACUGGACUAUUUCUGUAAAAUGUUUAGUGCACAUCAAUGCAUAACUAUUUAACAUUUAUAUUUAAAUAGUUGUGAAGAUUUACUUUGUGUUUAACUGCAGUAGUUAGACACUACUGUUCCUUUCCAAAUGCACUUGUAGGGCAAUUCUGGGUGAGCACUGUAUAUUGUUUUGACAGGUGAUAAAUGAGCAGAAUAUAUUUUUCUCUGUUCACUGUUGGUUGAAAGAAUCGCUAAUAAUGUAAAGUUGGAAAAUCUGAGUUGUAUUCACAUCUACUAACAGUAAAACCAGUCUCAUUUUACUUCCAUGUGGCUGUUUGGCUUGUUGCCUUUCCUAUUAACAGAGAGAGAACUUUGAAAAGUUGGCAUGUGUCACUUGUUUCCAAACUAGAGUAACUGUACUUGUUUAAGCAGGUAAAUGAGAGGUUAUAAUGUCACAAAUCUGUAUAUAAUAAAUAAAAACAAUUAAUUUCUAUUAUGUAUUUUAUAAAUACUGGAUAAAAAGCAUCAUCUGACCAAUAAAGUGGGGAUCAAAUGCAG